GACAUUGGCAAAUCUUUUCUGCUUCACUGAACUAUCCGUCUGCUCCACCCCCGGCAAACGUUAGUCAGCCUGAACCCCUAAGGAGUUUUGCCCGUCUGUGAUAAAUCCUCCAACUGGAGAUUUGGCUGCAUCCGAGACCCGAGCGCCGAUCUACUGCUUCUCCAACACCAUGGAGGCUUCUCUUGCCAUCUGCAUCCUCGCUGCUCUCCUGGCUACGGGGGCCGGUCUGCGGUGUGAGGUUUGCGAUGGAUCAGGAACCACCUGCACGGGCGAUCUAGAUACCUGCCGAAAUAGGGAAGACUCUUGUGGCAUCACUCUGACAGAAGACACAGCAGCGGGAAGGAAGACCCAGAACGUUCUCAAGAGCUGUUUGUCACCCAGCCAAUGUAAAGCUGGAGCCAUCUCUAUGAAUUUUGGGACGGCAAAGGCCAGAAGGAUGAGCAUCACCUGCUGCCAGACAGACAGCUGCACACCGGACUCUGUUAAAGUGCCCCCAGCUGACACCGAACCCAACGGCCGGCGCUGCCGUGGCUGCUACGCUAUGUCCACUGAUCACUGCCAUGAACAGACCAUAGCGUGUACUGGAGCCGAGACCCAAUGUUUGGACGUCGCCGGGCCCCUAAAAUCUGGUGGAAAUACCACUGAGAUCAUCAUGAAGGGCUGCGUCACCGUGUCCGUGUGCUCCCAGAUAAAUGCAGGUUCUGGGACCUUCCUGGGGAUCCGUGGAGAUCUACCCAAGCACACAUGCAGAGCAGCUACCAGCGCAGCCGGCACAGCUCUGGGACCAGCCGGGCUCCUUCUUCCCGCCCUCACUGGGCUCCUCCUGCUGAAAUUUCUCUCCUGAUUCCCCACCCCAUGCAAUGGCCCUGCCACAUUCAAUAACACCCCGGCUGCCUGUGUCUGCCCCUCUCUGCAGCCGCUCUCCCCUCUCAGGCGCUCUGGGCAGCGGCCGGAUUCGCUUCCCCUUUAUAUUGUUCCACUUAAUAAAACAAAC